AUCUUCGAGCAACAACAUGGUAGAUACACUGACUGAAUUAUGCUCCAAGCUUGCUGGAUUUAUGUUUAUUUUGGGCACAAUUCAGCAACUCUUCCCCGGUGUACUUCACAACCGCAUCGAACAUUUGUGGAGACGAUUGGCCAAUUUCUUCUACCCAUAUGUCCAUAUAACCAUUGAUGAAUACUCCAAUAACAAAACAAAUGAAGUGUACACCAAAAUCAAAGCUUAUUUGGGUACUAAGUCACUCAACAAGGAUGCAAAAUAUCUCAAAGCUGAGAAAUUCAAGAAGAGCAAGUCUUUAGCUGUUAGCUUGGACGACGGAGAAGAGGUCAUUGAUGAAUUCCAUGAUGUCAAGCUCAAGUGGAACUCUUAUAAGGAAACAUUCACUGAUAAUUCUUCGAGGGGUCGUUCCCAACUUCCGAUUGAAAAGAAAUGUUACACGCUAACUUUCAAUAAAAAGCAUCAAGACAUGGUCACGGGACAAUAUUUGAAGCAUGUGAUGGAAGAAGGCAAGGCCAUUGAGUUCAAGAACAAGAAACAAAAGAUCUACUCCAACGACAAUGAGGAUUGGUAUUGGUAUGGUAAAGGUAUGUGGAGGCACAUCAACUUCGAGCACCCUGCAACGUUUGAUACUUUGGCUAUGGACCCUAAGCAGAAAGAGGAAAUAAUUGACGAUCUCAUUGCUUUUAGCAAAGGGAAGGACUAUUAUGCCAAGGUUGGAAAGGCAUGGAAGCGCGGUUACCUUCUUUAUGGUCCACCAGGAACUGGAAAAUCAACUAUGAUUGCAGCAAUUGCCAACUUCUUAAACUAUGACAUUUAUGAUCUUGAGCUCACCUCUGUUAAAAAUAACUCGGGGCUUAAGAAGUUGCUCAUGGAAACAACAAGCAAGUCCAUCAUUGUUAUUGAAGACAUUGAUUGCUCUAUAGAUCUCACGGGCAAGAGAAAAAAGAAAAAGAAAAAGGAAACGACAAACGCUGAGGAGGAAGAAGAUUCGGACACGUCUGAAGAGAAAGAAAGUGAAAACGAGGAAUCAGGAAAACUUACACUUUCGGGACUGUUGAAUUUCAUUGAUGGAAUAUGGUCAGCUUGCGGUCAAGAGAGGAUAAUUAUAUUUACGACUAAUCAUGUGGACAAACUUGAUCCAGCUCUAAUACGUAGAGGACGAAUGGAUAUGCACAUUGAGAUGUCGUAUUGCAGAUACGAAGCAUUCAAAGUGUUGGCUAAGAAUUACUUGGGCAUCGAAACUCAUCCUCUAUUUCAAGAGAUUGAAGGUCUAAUAGAGGAAGUAGAAGUGAGUCCUUGUGAUGUGGCCGAGAACUUGAUGCCCAAAAAUGCUUCAGGAAGUCCUGAGAUUUGCUUGGACAACUUAAUACAAGUUUUAAACAAGGCCAAGAAAAAGGCCAGCUUGAAUUCCCAGAAAAGCAAAAAGUUGUCCACAAAAUUAGUCAAAACCUGUGGCCGUCUAAAAAGGUUGUUUGAAUGAUGUUAUCAUGUAUACUGUCAGUUUUAAUUCUUAGAGAAAAUAAAAUGUUGUUGUACUCUUUCUUCCGUUAAGAGUGUUUCAUCUACGUACGUAAACAGUUCGUGUUUCUCAAUACUUUCGCUGUUAGCCCAAUGGGUUGUAUCCAACAUCCUGCUUUUGAAAAUAGACUCAUCACAGUAUAGCUAAAAG